ACAAUCAUGGCAACUACUAGUUUCAUCACUAUUGCCUUACUUUUGCAUUUUCCUCUUGUUCCAUGGAUCCAUGGCUCAACUGUUUCCAUGGGACUCCCCAUGGCAAAGCCCUCGGCAAGGUGGUUUUAGAGAGUGCAAUUUUGAUAAGCUGCAAGCAGUUGAACCAGUUCGACAGGUGAGGUCAGAAGCUGGACUAAUUGAGUAUUUUGAUGAGCAGAACGAGCAGUUCCGUUGUACCGGCGUAUUUGUCAUACGCGACUGUUGUCAAGCCUCGGGGCCUCUUGUUACCUCGAUACCACAACACACCUGGCUUAGUCUACAUCGUCCAAGGUGGUGGUUUUCUCGGGCUCACUUUGCCAGGGUGCCCAGAGACUUUCGAGUAGCAAUUCCAACAAUUUGGACAAACCCAAUCUUCCCAGGGUCAAAGCCAAAGCCAAAAGCCAAAGCCAAGUUUGGAGAUGCGUACCAGAGAGUCCAACGAUUUACACAAGGAGAUGUGAUUGCACUACCAUCUGGUGUUGCACAUUGGUUCUACAACGAUGGUGAUGUGCCGAUUGUAGCUGUCUAUGUUUUUGACAUAAAUAGCAAUGCUAAUCAGCUUGAACCGAAGCAAAAAGAGUUUUUAUUGGCUGGUAACUACAAUGGAGUGCUACAGUCUGGACAAAACAUAUUAAAUGGUUUCAAUGUCCAAUUGCUUAGCCAGGCCUUUGGUAUUAGGGAACAAACAACACGAAGAAUUCAGAGUCUAAAUAGAGAAAGAGGCGAAAUAAUUCGCGUGGAGCUUGGCCUUCAAUUUUUGAAGCCCGUUGAUACCCAACAACAAAGGCAACAACAACAAUCCUUCCAACCAAUCCAACAUCCCAAAGGACAAUCAGGUCCAUAUCGGAUAGGACAAACAUCGGGCGGUAGUCACAACGGUUUGGAGGAGAAUUUUUGUUCAUUGGAGCCAAGGCUAAACAUCGAAGAUCCCAGCCGUGUUGACACAUACAAUCCACAUUCUGGUAGUAUAACCCACCUCAAUGGUCAGAAUUUUCCAAUCCUUAACCUUGUGCAAAUGAGUGCCACCAGAGUAAAUCUCUACCAGAAUGCCAUUCUUUCACCAUUCUGGAACAUUAAUGCUCAUAGUGUGGUGUACAUGAUCCAAGGACAUGCCUUGGUUCAGGUUGUUAACAACCAAGGUCGCACUGUGUUCAAUGGCCCUCUUCGUCGAGGACAACUGCUAAUUAUACCACAAAACUAUGUUGUUCUAAAGAAGGCGGAGCGUGAAGGAUUCCAGUAUAUCGCAUUCAAGACCAAUGCAAACUCCAUGGUUAGUAGCAUCGCAGGAAAGAACUCUAUCCUGCAUGCCUUGCCUGUUGAUGUCAUCACCAAUGCGUACCACAUCUCUAUUCAAGAAGCUCAAAACCUUAAAAACAACAGGGGAGAAGAAAUUGGCGCAUUCCGUCCUAAAUUUGCCCAAAGCAUCAUCCAGAGCCAUGUUUGAGUGAUCAGGCAUCAUAAUGUAUGAGUUAGUGUGAGAAAUAUUAGAGUGAAAUAAAGAGAUCACAAGUGUGUAACACUUGGUGGUUUUAUAGAUC